CUGGCGCCUCGUCCGGGACCCAGACGCUGGCGGGCGCGGAGUUUCUCGCGACCGGCCGAGCCCGCCACUGCUGACUGCAUUUCAGAAAGCAUCAACUUUUCUCGAUGGACCUAGUCAUCAAGUGAAAUAUGCCAAUACUAUUUUAAGAAGCUUUGUACUUCAUAUAAAAAAGUCUCCCCCUCAAAUGAAAAUGGGGGCAUUUGAGGAGUGAUUUAAGAUAUGGACAUUUGAGAAGGUGUCCCAUCAAAUCAGUGAACCUAAAGAUAAGUACUGAACAGAUUAAUCUAAAAUACUUGCUAUUAUUUAAGCCAAGAGGAUUUCAUCUUGACAGAAAAGCAACUUUUAUCCAAUAUGUAUUUUCUGGGAUUAAAGAGACAAGAACAGACUUAAAAGAAAAUAGUUGAAGAUGUUUAAUAAAUAAGCACUGUCAGCUGUAUUCUGAUUAAGAUAACUAAGUGAUGUUAAAUAUAAAUCCCUGGUUGUGGUCCUAAAAUUAAGACACUUUUUUGGUGGAACUAGUAUUAAGAGAAGUAGCACCAUUUGUGCAUUCAACUCACUGAUAAAACUUAUGAUCAUCGGCAUGAGUGGCUUAAAAGAGAAAAUAAAGAAGCUUUCAACUAAAUCCAAAAGUGCAGUCAUUUUUUUUUUGCUAUUAUUUUAAAAAAUUAUUCCUAAUCAUUUAAAAAGACUUAAUAGUUACUCUAAAGAUAAAAGAAAGCAGAUGUCUGCAAACAAUUCCCCUCCAUCAGCCCAGAAGUCUGUAUUACCUGCACCUAUUCCUGCUGUGCUUCCAACUGCUUCUCCGUGUUCAAGUCCUAAGACAGGACUCUCUACCCGACUCUCUAAUGGAAGCUUCAGUGCACCAUCACUCACCAACUCCAGAGGCUCAGUGCAUACGGUUUCAUUUCUACUGCAGAUUGGCCUCACACGGGAGAGUGUUACCAUUGAAGCCCAGGAACUAUCUUUAUCUGCUGUCAAAGAUCUUGUGUGCUCCAUUGUUUAUCAAAAGUUUCCAGAGUGUGGAUUCUUUGGCAUGUAUGAUAAAAUUCUUCUCUUUCGCCAUGACAUGAACUCAGAAAAUAUUCUGCAGCUAAUCACCUCAGCAGAUGAAAUACAUGAAGGAGACCUAGUAGAAGUUGUUCUUUCGGCUUUGGCCACAGUAGAAGAUUUCCAGAUUCGUCCACAUACCCUCUAUGUACAUUCUUACAAAGCUCCUACUUUUUGUGAUUAUUGUGGCGAGAUGCUCUGGGGAUUGGUACGUCAGGGACUGAAAUGUGAAGGCUGUGGAUUAAAUUACCAUAAACGAUGUGCCUUCAAGAUUCCAAAUAAUUGUAGUGGAGUAAGAAAGAGACGUCUGUCAAAUGUGUCUUUACCAGGACCCGGUCUCUCAGUUCCAAGACCCCUACAACCUGAGUAUGUAGCCCUUCCCAGUGAAGAGUCACAUGUUCAUCAAGAGCCAAGUAAGAGAAUUCCUUCAUGGAGUGGUCGCCCAAUUUGGAUGGAAAAGAUGGUAAUGUGCAGAGUGAAAGUUCCACACACAUUUGCUGUUCACUCUUAUACUCGUCCCACAAUAUGUCAGUACUGCAAGCGGUUACUGAAAGGCCUCUUUCGCCAAGGAAUGCAGUGUAAAGAUUGCAAAUUCAAUUGCCAUAAACGCUGUGCAUCAAAAGUACCAAGAGACUGCCUUGGAGAGGUUACUUUCAAUGGAGAACCUUCCAGUCUGGGAACAGAUACUGAUAUACCAAUGGACAUUGACAGUAAUGACUUGAGUAGUGAGGGUAGCCGGGGCUUAGAUGACACAGAAGAGCCAUCUCCCCCAGAAGAUAAAAUGUUUUUCCUGGAUCCAUCUGAUCUUGAUGUGGAAAGAGAUGAAGAAGCUGUUAAAACAAUCAGUCCAUCAACAAGCAAUAACAUUCCACUAAUGAGAGUUGUGCAAUCCAUCAAGCAUACAAAGAGGAAGAGCAGCACAAUGGUGAAGGAAGGGUGGAUGGUCCAUUACACCAGCAGGGAUAACCUGAGAAAGAGGCAUUAUUGGAGACUUGACAGUAAAUGUCUAACAUUAUUUCAAAAUGAAUCUGGAUCAAAGUAUUAUAAGGAAAUUCCACUUUCAGAAAUUCUCCGCAUAUCUUCACCACGAGAUUUCACAAAUAUUUCACAAGGCAGCAACCCACACUGUUUUGAAAUCAUCACUGAUACUAUGGUAUACUUUGUUGGUGAGAACAAUGGGGACAGCUCUCCCAGUCCUGCUCUUGCUGCCACUGGAGUUGGACUUGAUGUGGCCCAGAGCUGGGAAAAGGCAAUUCGCCAAGCUCUCAUGCCUGUUACCCCUCAAGCAAGUGUUUGCACCUCUCCAGGGCAAGGGAAAGAUCACAAAGAUUUGUCAACCAGCAUCUCUGUGUCUAAUUGUCAGAUCCAGGAGAAUGUGGACAUCAGUACUGUUUACCAGAUCUUUGCAGACGAGGUGCUUGGUUCAGGACAGUUUGGCAUCGUUUAUGGAGGAAAACAUAGAAAGACUGGAAGGGAUGUGGCUAUUAAAGUAAUUGAUAAGAUGAGAUUCCCUACAAAACAAGAAAGUCAACUCCGUAAUGAAGUGGCUAUUUUACAGAAUUUGCACCACCCUGGGAUUGUGAAUUUGGAACGUAUGUUUGAGACCCCAGAACGAGUCUUUGUAGUGAUGGAAAAGCUGCACGGAGAUAUGCUGGAAAUGAUUCUCUCCAGUGAGAAAAGUCGGCUUCCAGAGCGCAUCACUAAAUUCAUGGUCACACAGAUACUUGUAGCUUUGAGGAAUCUGCAUUUUAAGAAUAUUGUGCACUGUGAUUUAAAGCCAGAAAAUGUGUUGCUUGCAUCAGCAGAGCCAUUUCCUCAGGUUAAGCUGUGUGACUUUGGAUUUGCACGCAUCAUCGGUGAAAAGUCAUUCAGGAGAUCUGUGGUAGGAACCCCAGCAUACCUAGCCCCUGAAGUCCUCCGGAGCAAAGGUUACAACCGUUCUCUAGAUAUGUGGUCAGUGGGAGUUAUUGUCUAUGUGAGCCUUAGUGGCACAUUUCCUUUUAAUGAGGACGAAGAUAUCAAUGACCAAAUCCAAAAUGCUGCAUUUAUGUAUCCACCAAAUCCGUGGAAAGAAAUUUCUGGUGAAGCAAUUGAUUUGAUAAACAACCUACUUCAAGUGAAGAUGAGAAAACGUUACAGUGUUGACAAAUCUCUUAGUCAUCCCUGGCUACAGGACUAUCAGACUUGGCUUGACCUUCGAGAAUUUGAAACUCGUAUUGGAGAACGUUACAUUACACAUGAAAGUGAUGAUGCUCGCUGGGAAAUACAUGCAUACACACACAACCUUGUAUACCCAAAGCACUUCAUCAUGGCUCCCAAUCCAGAUGACAUGGAAGAAGAUCCCUAAUUAUCAAUGCGCAGAUUUCAUCUUAUGGGCUGAUGUUUUGGUACAUAACUGUUGUUCAUUGUAAUCCAUCAUCUUCAAGAAUGCAAAGACAUGAGGAAAUUUGAUAAGGAAUCAGUGACACCAAUACUGUAGUUCAUAAUGACUAGGUACAGGAGGGGAACUGAGUAAGAAAAACUCAAGAAUCAAGAAGCUUUUUAUAAAUUUUUAUAGC